CAAAACAUUACAAUCACUCAAAACUUUAUACUUGGAUCUUGAAGAAUUAGUUCGCCAAUAUUCGCAGAGUUGGCAUAGGUGUUGGAGAAGAUGAUGGAAUAUUUUAAACUGAAAGUCUAUCAUGGAGGGUGGUUUAGUUAUGAUAAAGGGCCAUUACAAUAUGUAGGAGGAGAAACAACAAUUAUAGAAGAUAUUGACUGUGAUCGGUGGUCAUUGUUUGAAGCUUAUGCAGAAUUAAAGCAGUUUGGUUACGUUGAGGAGAAUAUCUCAGCAUUGUGGUACAAGGAUCCUAUGGAUGAAAACAUUAAGAAAAAUAUAAAGUUGUUUCAAGGUGAUGCAGAUGCAAUUGCUAUAUGUAAAAUAGCUGAAUUAAGAGAAUAUGUAGAAUUGUUUGUUGUGCACAAAGUUGAGAAGGAGAAUAUCUUACCUAAAGCUGGUUACAAAGAUGUUGGGGGAGAUCAAGGGAUUGGUGAUAAAGGUGAGAGACAAGAGGUGGUCUCUGAAGUUCGUUACAUUGAUGUUAUGCCAUCACCUUAUAGAAGGUUUAGUCACCGACUAAUGAAAAAGAAAAGAACAACUGAUGGGAAGGAAGAAGAGAGCAGCCACACUCACUUGUCAAGGAGGAGGAAAAUCCAAAGAUGCUUAAGAUGUGGUACAGCUGGACACAAGAAGGAGAGAUGCCCUAAACCUAUAGAAGAGGCCCAACCAUCAAAGAAUCCUAAAAAGACAAAAAAGAAGACAAGAAGCAACUCACAUUCUCAUACUGCUGAGACAGGAAAGAAGUGUGUAUUUUCACAGCCCACUCCGAAAAUAAGUGUAAAGAGAAAAAUUUCUUCCGCAACACAUUCUAACUCUUCAACUCAGUCCAAUUCUACAUCACAGUCCAAAAGACCCAAAGGCAAGCCCAAAAGAACAACCAAAUCCAACUCUUCAACCUAAACAACAUCACAUCCCAAUAAAUCAGCACCUUCAUCAUCAUAGCCUAAAAAGUUAGCCCUUCAUCACAGUCAAACAACACAUCUCUUUCCGCAUCUCAACCAAAUUUCAACACAUCUUUGACAAUACAGUGAGAUAAACAUCAAGCCAACCAAUUGAAAAACAUAUCCAAUUCUCUAUGAAAAAUUUUGGAGCACCUCAUGUUUCUCCACCAAAAUUGAGGUUGAUGACAAAAUUGCCUCUAAAAAAAUGGAGACAUCUUUAGAAAAUUUGGACAACUAGAGAAUAUUUUUAUAUUUACUUAAAAUGCAUGUGGUGGUGUUUUGGUAUAAGUUAGUUUGGUGUUUGAGUAAUGUCAUGCAGGUUCUGUUAGUUUUAUAUUGUUAUGGACUAUUUGCCUGUUGGUGAUAUUUUGGUUAUAACUUUAUCCAAUGUUAUUUUGUAUUAUUGG